CAUUCCUUCCCGUAAAUGUUCAGAGGGUCACCGACUGCAGUGCGUCCGCCGAGCCGCACCGGGGAGCUUCUGCCUUGGCUUCGCUCGGCCGAAGGCUCGGCGCCGCACCUCGCCCUCUGCCUCCGCUCGCACCGAUUCUACUUUGCUCCUUCUAAUGGGUUGAGUACGUUUCAUGGCUCGUUUCCCCUCACUCUCGGUAUAAACAAUGGCCAGUCACAAGCUCACUUCUCUAGUCACAUUGCUUUGCCUCAUUUCCCUGUCGCACUGCAGGGAUAUCGAAAGAGAAAUGACGGUGGAGGUGAAGGCAGGGACGCAGGAAUGUUUCUACGAGAACGUGAAAGCCGGGGAAACCAUAGAUGUGGAAUACCAGGUAGGAUGAAAGAUGUCAUGGCUGGUUCCAAAUGUUAGAUACAGAAUGACACG